UUUCAAACAAAAGUCAAAAAUACAGAUGCACCUUUAGCCAAAUUUCAUCCAAUCAUUUGUGAAGGAUGGUCACAUGACUCUGGUUUGAUGACACAGCGGGUCAAGGAGGAACAUCUCUCCAACAACUGUGUCCUUUCAAACCAUGAAAAGUUCCCAGGCAGACGACCACAGACUGCUCUGGUCCAACAGACGGUCUGGACCGGGGGGGCACAGGGGGGUCACCGUGCCUUUGGACAACGGACCCCAGCGGACAUUUCUUACAGUGAUUGACAUGCACUCAUCUCUUUAUCAACAAGUGAACUUAUCUAAGAGUGCACGUGUCGUGUCAACAUGUCCGCCAAAACCAAGGCAGACCUUAAAGAGUUCUCUUCCUCCCAUCAGCACAGAACCCAAUGGAAAGGAACGUACCAGACUGAAAGGACUCGGAGCCCGGACACCGAGAGUGAGCCACGGGAACACAGAAACAACUUUAUGUCUGAUGGUUUCCAAAUACAGGAGAGUGGACCAAAUCUGUGACAAAACCAGUGUCCCUGACUCCAAGUCCAACUGCAGACUGACUGGAGAGACUGCUGAUGGUCGGUCAGUGGAAACAGGCCAUAGGAUCCGUGGGGCUGUAAGUCACGGCAGUAAACUGAUGACUGCCAAGGUUCAACAUGACACCAAUCACCACCGGGGACAACAGAGAGUUCCCUGCUCCAGUGACUCCGCUAUUGAAACUGAGUAUGAGAGCAGUGACGGCAGAGGAAGGAGAGAGAAGUCCAACAGCCCGGAUGAUGAAGAUGAUGAUGAUGAUGAUGAUGAUGAAGAGUUCUACACAGACCAGAGGAUUGAAGAAUGGGUCAAUAAGGUCAACUGUUGCCUCUUCACCACAGAAACACGUCAACGUGGUGGUUGGACGUCUGCAGGAGAACAGGAUGUAGCAACAAUAAAGAUGGUCUAUUCUGGACUUUGAUCACAGCUGCUUCACCCUGGAUCACCUCCUGGACCAGAGCCGUGACCCCCCCCUCCCUCCCCCCCCUUACCUGUGAACCCUAAUUAUUAUGAUUUUGGUUUUUUCUUGGAUCUUGGGUGUCAAGUUGAAUUGUUGAAGUUCUUGUUACGAAACAAAAACGUCUCUCAAAUCUACUCUUCUAAGACGCUAGUAUUUUGGCAGUUCACUCACUUUUGAAACGUUUUGCAGACAUCACGUUCACGAUGAGUGAAUAAUGAACAAUAAAGUUGAUCAGUAUUAAAACUUCA